UUUGAACCGGAGGACGACCGACAGCGACAAACUACCGUCCGUCCGUGAAUGAAUGAACACCGGGCCGCCCGCAUGUCACUUCUCCACCACUCGAAUGUGACUCCCGCGGUGAUUCGGAGCCUCCGGGACGUUGCUGUUCACCGCAACCGACGUCGAGCCUGAUUUUCUGCCUCCUAACAGCAUCACCGGUCCACUGCACUCCUGAGAAACCUUGCUGCUCUUCUCAGGCAUUUCUUCCUCCUCGCUCGCUGUUCCCCCGACUCCAGCUCCCAGAUAACCUGUGGGCAUCACUCAGCGUGCCUGGAGCCUCGGGGCCGACAGACUGAAUCAGGCGCUUCACGCACCGGCUAUCAUUAGAGGCUCUGUAGGAAAAGAUCAGCAUUUUCCAUCCUCUAAAGAAGCCAUGAUCAUCUGGUCCUCUCAUGGCCGUGCCACCGCGACCCUCAGCCUCCUCCGCUCCCAGCCGGCGUUCAUCCUGACCCUGGUUCUGCUGCUCUGCCCGGCGGGCCAAGUGACGGGUCAGAGUCAGACGCAGUCUCCUGCCCAGGUGCUCCAGGACCUGCUGGCCCGCUAUGGAGACAACAGCACCAUCACAGUGCCUCAGCUGCGUUCUCUGCUGGCAGCUCUCAGCCAGGGUCAAAGUGAAGAAAAUGAUGGCGGCAGCAGCGGUUUGCCAGAGACGACAACAGCCACACCUCCCAAAUCCAACAGCUCAAAGUGCUUGCCUGCGGACACGCUGGCUGUUUACAGCAUCAGCGAGCAGUCUCGACUAGAUGGGCCGGGCUUACAGGAGCUGUGCCCCACCAUGCUGCAGCAGCUGGAUGCUGGCAACUGUAGGGUGCAAAAAGAGGAGGAGCUGAGCGACGCCUCCCCCAGACCCACAGACGCAGAAGUGUGGGGCUAUGGGAUCCUGUGUGUCACACUGAUCUCUCUGUGUUCGCUGGUCGGGGCGAGCGUGGUGCCCUUCAUGAAGAAAACCUUUUACAAGCGACUCCUGCUCUACUUCAUAGCCCUGGCCAUUGGCACGCUCUACUCCAACGCCCUGUUUCAGCUCAUCCCAGAGGCCUUCGGUUUUGACCCGAUGGUGGAUUUCUACGUGUCCAAAUCUGCGGUGGUGUUCGGAGGCUUUUAUCUCUUUUUCUUCACUGAGAAAGUCCUUAAGGUGCUUCUGAAGCAAAGACACGGGAGCCACGGUCACAGUCACUACCCCGGCGCAGAUCGUUACUCGACACCCAGCAGCGACGUGGAGGAAGGCGAGAAGGAGAAGCUGCAGCAGAACGGAGAAGCCAGCAGUCUGGCUCUGGGGAAGGUGGAUGCAGGGGAGGGAGAGCUGAUGCUCAGCCCUGCUCAGACACCACAGGACUCCCAGAGUCCCGACAGCGGUGGUCGGUCCGGCAGCAGCGGCGGCGGCUGCUACUGGCUGAAGGGUACGUCCUACUCUGACAUCGGCACGCUGGCCUGGAUGAUCACGCUGAGCGACGGCCUGCACAACUUCAUCGACGGCUUGGCGAUUGGAGCCUCCUUCACCGCCUCUGUCUUCCAGGGCAUCAGCACCUCUGUGGCCAUCCUGUGUGAGGAGUUCCCCCACGAGCUGGGAGACUUUGUGAUCCUGCUGAACGCCGGCAUGAGCAUCCAGCAGGCUCUCUUCUUCAACUUCUUGUCAGCCUGCUGCUGCUACCUAGGGAUGGGCUUUGGCAUCCUGGCCGGCAACAGCUUCUCCCCCAACUGGAUCUUUGCCCUGGCAGGAGGAAUGUUCCUGUACAUCGCUCUGGCAGACAUGUUUCCAGAGAUGAACGAGGUGAGUCGUGAGGAAGAGGACGCCGGCGGCAGCAGCUUCCUCCUCACCUUCGCCAUCCAGAACGCCGGGCUGCUGACGGGCUUCGCCAUCAUGCUGCUCCUCACCACGUACUCCGGACAGAUACAGCUUGGCUAGCAGCGGAUCCCCUGGACCGGAACUGGCUCUGAAACGGAAGGGAGGGAGGGAGGCUGAAACUUUUUCCUCGGUUUUCAGGACCGUGUAGUUGUGCGGCAGGUACGCACACCUGUGAGAAUACCUGAGCAGCUGCUCUCACGCAGCUUCGACAUGCAGUAGAGUUGAAGGCAGCAGCCUUCGCUCCUCCACUGUUUCUUCACAGCUGCUGCCUGUAAAAGUCCACAAACAACCAAACAGUUCACGUGCAAUAUUCACCCAGUCGUCGAAACCCUGGACUACCGAUCAGCCAUCUGGUUUUUUUCAUCUCUCAUCGAGCCUGUUGAGAUUCAGAGUAUUUAUGUCGCUAAUCCUCUGUGAAAAGCACAAUCAGGUAACAGCAGCAUCAUCCUCCAUAUCUCCUUCUGUUUUCCAUUCCAUACCAAAAACAGAACUUCCAGGACCUUAACUGGAAUUAUUAUCAGCAACAAACUGACUUCCAGCUGGACUUUGUUUGUUGAUUUUUCUAUUUUUUUACACAUGAAAAAUGACUUUUGAAGACCAAAUAUGGGCAGAAGGUUGAAGGGCUACGCGGUGAAGUUUGGGAGACGACCUCCUCCGUACGGACUCCUCGGCAUGAAACCCCGAACGGGUCGGACAUGUAAAGUGAUAAAUGUUAGUGGCUUUAUCCAGAUCAGACUCACCCAGUUUACCAUCUGUGCCCUUCAUUAAUAUAGCGUUGAAUAGUUCUAGCUUUUUCUAUUCCUUGUAUUCUUGAACUCAAAGUGCAGAUUUGUGGUCUUUGCACAUCCCAUUGACCAUUUUUCCCAGAACGAUUUAUUCUUUUACAGCCUAGUAGUGGUUUUAAACAGAAUACUGUAAGCUGAGUCAUAAUAAUCACGCACACGUCGCCUACUCAUCCGUGACCUUACCCAUAUUUAUCAUCUAUGAUAAGAGCAGAGAUAUUAGGUUAUAUGCUGCAUCUUGUUACUUAGGCUUGUUGUAGCAAACAUCCAGUUCUCUCUGAGUUACAACACGUGGACAAAAGUAUGUGGACGAUCCUCAGGUGGUUUUAGACCUUUGUUGUUGGCAUCCAAAAAAAA